AUGGAGACGGAGUCUGUGAGGACAGAGAAGAGGAACAGAUUACCUGUUUCUUGCGAGCCGUGUCGUGGCCGCAAAUUAAAGUGCAAUCGGGCUUCCCCUUGCGACACCUGCAUUCGGCGCAACAAGCAGGCUCAAUGUCAUUACGCGGGCAACGCUAAACGCAAUAGAUCCAAUGUGCCUUCCAAGCAAGCACAACUCCAGGAGAAGUUGAAGAACCUAGAGAACCUGGUCUCCGGACUUGUAUCUGGCCAGGUACCCAACCCAGGCGCGAGAUCAGGCUCCGGCCAAGGUGAUGACAGUGAAUCAAACGUCCACGGUCCCUCCGGAACGGGAGCAGAGCGCAUCACGUCCUCUAAGGAGCACCUGAAAGCUCAGCCAAUCGACAAAGAGAGUCCCCGCGCAGUCCUAGGGCUGGGCGGUCAGAUCAACUACGUCGAUGGCAGCCACUGGAAGUCCAUCUUGGAGGAACUCAAGGAGGUGCGAGAACAGCUGACAUCUGAAGAUCAACCUCUACCCAGAGACACGUCGGCCAGUCUUGGGACUGUGUCAGAUCCAGACAGUGUCCUGGUGUUUCCCGGUUCUACAAGUGCGGACCUAGAUGAUAUCCUCAAUGCUCUGCCCACUCAGGCCAUUUGUGACGUCUUGGUCUCACACUACUUCAAUGCCAGGUAUGCUGUUCUCGGUCUAAUUCAUCCGGACAAGUUCCGACUUGAGUAUCAACGGUUCUGGAGGGCUCCUGCCCAAGUUGACUUGAUAUGGCUGGGGUUGCUGUUCGCUAUCUUGAGCAUGGCUACUGGACUGCGCCAGAUAGCCAAAGGCCCCGACGACACACUCCCAAAUAUAGAUGUGAUGCAGCUCAGGACCACACAGUGCCUCGUUCUUGGCGACCAUGUCGCAGCCAAUGAGCAUGUUCUUGAAGCCCUAAUAUUGCACAUGCAGAGCUGCUUCCUGACCGGCAGGACAUCAGUUAACCAGCUGUGGGUGAAGAUGGGCCAUGUCAUCCAGCUUGCAUUCCGCAUGGGUUACCACCGUGACCCGAGCAAGCUGCCGAACAUCUCCACUCUUGAUGGAGAGAUGCGUCGUCGCGUGUGGAUGAAUAUUGUGCAGUCCGAGGCAUUGGGGUCGUUCCAGGUUGGCUUCCCGAGCAUGAUCCCUACCGAAUACUGCGACACACGAGCCCCUGGUAAUUACGAGUUCUCGGACCUGCCUGUCGGGAUUGAAGUCCUCCCCCCUCCCCGACCAAUGACGAACGACACGCCGGUCCUGUACACCAUCGCCAAGCACGGCGUCAUGUUAGUCUUCAAGAAGAUCACAGCGCACACGCAGACCCUUGCACCCACGACCUACGAUCGCACCAUCAGCUUAGACCUGGAGAUGCGAGAAGCAUACAGCACAGUCCCCACCAUCCUGCAACGGCGCGACAUCCGCGAAUCGUUCAUGGACCCAGCCUCCCUCAUCUGGCAGCGCUGCACCAUCGAGAUGCUCUACCUCAAAGGCCUCGUCGUCGUGCACCGGCCCUACCUCCGCCAGGAACACCCCAAUCCACGCUUCGAACCCUCUCGCCGCCACUGCAUCGAAGCCGCCCUCGAGAUCCUCGCCCGUCAAGCCGACAUCAGCGGCGCCUCCCAACCAGGCGGCCGCCUACACGAAGAGCGCUGGAUGCUGGGCGCCCUGACCGUCUACGACUUCCUCCUCGCCGCCAUGGUGCUGUGCCUCGACCUGUCAGUGCGCACCAAGCAGAAACCAGGCGCCUACGACGACCUGGCCAAGAAGGAGCUCGACGCCCUCAAGGUCUCGCAGCGCAUCUGGGCCGCCAGCCGCCUCUUCUCCGCCGAAGCCAACAUCGCCGCUCGCACCCUCGAACUCAUGAUCAAGUCGGCCGAGAGGCCCCCACCGAGCAGCCCUGCCACCGAAGCACCGCCGCCUCCGUAUCAGUCGCACGCUGCAGCACCGCAACCGGCGGCGCCGACCCAGCUGACUAUACCCAAUCCUGGCAACGCGGGUGCUUUCACAGGUUAUCCGUACCAGCCCCCGAUGUUCGACAUGAUCGAUGGCUCGUCCGCGCUGGACUGGUCGCUGCUGGACUCGUACUUACAGCAGCCUGGGGGCGCGGCAGCGGAGAUGGGUGAGGCGUGGGACGCCAGUACUGGGUCGUUCUUGGAUGAUUUGAAUAUAGGCUGA